GUCUUAACCGUGACUGGCUAAAAGCGUUUAUUUGUCACGUUUACGUUGUAUUUGUUAAAAAAUUGUUUAGCACAGUAACUGAAAAUGCGGCCUCUUAUGCUUCAUGGCCACGAGCGAGCCAUAACGCAGAUUAAAUAUAAUCGAGAAGGUGACCUUCUGUUUUCCUGUUCAAAAGACCCUACCCCGAACGUAUGGUACUCUAUCAACGGUGAGAGGCUUGGUACUUUUGAUGGUCACAAUGGUGCUGUGUGGUGUAUAGAUGUUAACUGGGAGUCAACGAAAGUUGUAACUGGUGCUGCUGAUGCAAAAUGCGGGUUUUGGGAUCUUGAGACCGGAACUUGUUUGACGAUGAUUGAUACAGAUACAUCAGUUCGUACAUGUGGUUUCUCGUAUUCAGGUAAACUCUUAAUGUACACCACCGAUCGAUCCAUGGGAAAACAAUGUGAGAUAAAAGUCGUCGAUACCCUUGAUCCAUCUCAGAUGAGUAGCAGUGGUCAAAUUGUCUCCAUUCCUGUUACUGGACAUAAAGUAACUAGCGCCGUUUGGGGCCCAUUUGAUGAUUUUCUACUUACUGGUUUAGAUAAUGGAGCUCUGGCAAAAUGGGAUAUUAAGACCAUGCAGAAAAUUGCUUCAAAACAGGACCAUCGAGAUGUUAUCAAUGAUAUCCAGUACUACAAAGAUCAAACAAUGUUUAUUACUGCUUCCAAGGAUCAUACUGCUAAACUAUUUGAUACAAAGACCAUGGACUUGAUGAAAACAUACAAGACUGAGCGACCAGUAAAUUCUGCUGCAAUAUCUCCCAUUAGAGAUCAUGUGGUACUUGGUGGUGGCCAAGAAGCGAUGGAUGUGACCACGACUUCUGCCAGAGUAGGAAAAUUUGAUGCCCGUUUUUUCCAUUUAGUGUUUGAAGAAGAAUUUGCAAGAGUCAAAGAUCAUUUUGGACCUAUAAACAGUGUGGCUUUUCACCCAGAUGGUAAGAGUUAUAGCAGUGGUGGUGAAGACGGUUAUGUGCGAGUCCAUGUUUUUGAUCCACCUUAUUUUGACUUUGAUUUUGAGUAUUAAGUGCAUAAUUUUAUUGUUAGUAAAUUACAGUGUGUAUGCUGUUAAAUAAAUUCAUUUAAGAAAAUA